GGUGACCUGGCGCUUAUGGAGUCGUUAUCUCUUUUCACUCUUUCUGCCUUUUCUGGGCGAAAAUGAAUUAAAAAGAUCCCGUAAAUGUGGACCCAACACACUCCACAGUGUCGUCUUCAACUAGCACGCUGCCGUUUCGAUCAUUUUCCGUUAACGAACCUGCGAAACUCGGUCGAAAAUGGUGGUUUCCGGUGCUAUGCUCAGAGCUUUCAGAAGUCGCUCAAUUUCUCAUCGAUUAGCCUCCAGUUAUCGAUCACUUACUACGUUGGUAUUAGCUGAACACGAAGGGGGUUCUGUGAAGGCGUCAUCAAUCAGUGCUGUAGAGGCUGCAAAGUCAUUAGGCCAGGAAAAUUCGGUAUCCUUAUUGCUAGCUGGUUCAGGUCCAUCUCUUAAAGAAGCUGCUGCACAUGCUGCCUCCUGCCAUCCAUUGGUUUCUGAGGUGCUUGUUGCGGACUCAGAUAAAUUUGCAAAUCCUUUAGCAGAACCAUUGGCUAAAUUAGUCCAUGUGGUUCAGCAGAAAGGUGGUUAUUCUCACAUUAUAGCCUCUUCAGGCUCAUUUGGGAAAAAUAUAUUACCUCGUGCAGCUGCCUUAUUGGACGUCUCCCCAAUAACUGAUGUUACUGAAAUUAGUGAAUCUAAUCUUUUUGUGAGGCCCAUCUACGCUGGGAAUGCUCUCUGUACAGUUCGUUACACUGGUUCCUACCCUUGCAUCUUGAGUAUCAGGGCUACUUCGUUUCCUGUGACUCCAAUUUCAGCUGAUUCAAAAUCUAAACCUGCAUCAAUUGAUCAGGUGGAUCUCUCAACCUUUAAUGAAGAUGAGGCAGUGGGAAAGUCAAGGUACAUAAAGCUCUCUUCUCAAGAGUCGGAGCGCCCUGACCUAGGGAGUGCACGUGUUGUAAUUACUGGAGGUCGAGCUCUGAAAAGUGCUGAAAACUUCAAAAUGAUAGAGAAGCUUGCUGAGAAACUUGGUGCAGCAGUUGGAGCGACUCGUGCUGCUGUUGAUGCAGGAUAUGUUCCCAAUGAUCUUCAGGUUGGGCAGACGGGAAAGAUAGUGGCCCCAGAACUCUACAUGGCAUUUGGUGUUUCAGGGGCCAUUCAACAUCUGGCAGGAAUCAGAGAUUCUAAGGUCAUUGUUGCUGUGAAUAAAGAUGAAGAUGCACCGAUAUUCCAGGUUGCUGAUUAUGGACUGGUUGGUGACCUUUUCGAGGUGAUACCAGAAUUAUUAGAGAAACUUCCAGAGAAAAAGUAGACCCUGUUUCAUUGCCAUUUAACUCUUGGAGCAGCGAGAAGGGGAAGAACGAACAUAUAGUAGCUCCACUUCGAAGACAGUAGAAAACAUUGAGAGAGCUCAGACAGGUGUUAAUACGGAAUCUAAUGCUUUCAAUGAGGCAUUGUAACAUAGUAUCGUAUUUAAAAAUAAAAAAUAAAAAAGAAAAAAGAACUCCAACUUUACAAUGGUCUGGCCAACCGGGUGGCAGUCUUACACUCCUGUUCCAGUGGCAAUAUUUUUUUUCUAUACAAAUGCUGCUGGUUUAUGAUGAUUGCCUGUUUGCCAGCAGCUACAGCAAAGAAUGCCGAUAAUGAUAGAUCUCUUUAACCUUCUCAGUUGUAUUCUGGAGAUCUUUUAAUCUAAUAACCGAAUGGCUGUUUUUAAUAUCAAGACAUGCUCGCGGUGAAAUCUAAAAUGCGCAAAUAAUGUAAAAAGGAAUGUUUACC